AUGAGGGCACCACUGCAGACCAUGAUGUGCCUGGGGUUGUGGGCAGCGGUCCUGCUCUGCUUGUUUUCCCCUGGCACCGUGCGAGGUGACUGCUGGCUGAUUGAGGGGGACAAAGGUUAUGUGUGGCUGGCCAUCUGCAGCCAGAACCAGCCCCCGUACGAGACCAUCCCCCAGCAUAUCAACAGCACGGUGCACGACUUGCGUCUGAACGAGAAUAAGCUCAAAGUGGUGCUGUACUCCUCCCUCAACCGCUUCGGCAACCUGACUGAUUUGAACCUGACCAAGAAUGAGAUCUCCUAUAUCGAGGACGGGGCUUUCAUGGGCCAGUCAAACCUCCAGGUCUUACAGCUGGGCUACAACAAACUCACCAACCUGACAGAGGGCAUGUUGCGGGGCAUGGCCCGUCUCCAGUUCCUCUUUGUGCAGCACAACCUAAUUGAGCUGGUCACCCCUACUGCCUUCUCUGAGUGCCCCAGCUUGAUUAGCAUUGACCUGUCAUCUAACCGUCUCAGCCGCCUGGAGGGGAACACUUUCACCAGCUUGAGCAAUCUGAUGGUGUGCGAGCUGGCUGGCAACCCCUUCAACUGCGACUGUAGCCUCUACAGCUUUCUUAACUGGCUGGCGCUCUUCAACAACGUCACCAAGAACUAUGACCGGCUCCAGUGUGAGACUCCACGGGAGUUCGCUGGGUACCCGCUCCUGGUACCUCGGCCUCACCACAACCGCAAUGCCAUCACCAUCUUCCAGUCCAUGUGCAGAGGUGGCACCAUCCCUUCCCUCUCCAGGGUCAACCCUACCCCCUACACCCCUGACUCCCAGCGGGACCUGGACGAGGGCUCAGCCAUCAGCCCUGGGGACUUCCUCUCAGUCAAGCCUCCAGCCUCCUCCACCACUGACUCCUCCUUCAGUCCCAGCAUCAAGCUCCACGAUGUCACCAUUACCUCAGCCAUCCUGAUGGUAACCAUCCCCAUGCCCUACAGUAAGAUGUAUGUGCUGGUCCAAUACAACAACAGCUACGUUUCUGACAUAGCAACACUGAAGAGCAAGAAGGAAUAUGUCACUGUCAACAAGUUGAAGGCCCACACUGAUUAUACUUUCUGCGUGGCCUCCAUCCGCAACAACAGGCGCUACAACCACACUUGCCUGACCUUUGCAACCCGGAGCAAAGGCAGGGAGGACCCUAUUUCCAGUACUUCCACCACCACACACUAUAUCAUGACCACCCUGGGUUGCCUCUUUGGGAUGGUCAUUGUCCUGGGAGUGGUGUACUACUGCCUGCGGAAGCGGAGGAUGCAGGAGGAGAAACAGAAGUCCCUCAAUGUCAAAAAGACCAUUCUGGAAAUGCGUUACGGAUCAGAUAUUGAUACCAGUACCAUGGUCCAUCCUUCCCAGAAGCUGGGUGAGCCACCAGUCAUCCCUGUCUCACGGAUGUCCUCCAUCCCUUCCAUGAUUGGGGAGAAGUUGCCCCCAUCAAAGUCAAUGGAGGCUGGGAUGGAGACUCCUAAAGUCACCACCAAAGGUAACUACAUUGAGGUGCGGACUGGUGGUGGGGAUGGGCUGGAGCGAACCCAGCGGGAUGAGGACCUGAGGGAACUUGACAAUGGGCAAGGCUCAGCUGCUGAGAUCUCUACUAUAGCCAAGGAGGUAGACAAGGUCAACCAGAUCAUCAACAACUGCAUUGAUGCCCUCAAGCUGGACACAGCCUCAUUCCUGGGUGGUGGGACUGGUGUUGACUCAGACAUGGCCUUUGAGUGCCAGUCCAUCCCAGCCAGUUCCUCGGGUGGGCUAGAGCGGCCCAGCUUUCUUUCCCCACCCUACAAGGAAAGCUCCCACCACCCUUUGCAGCGCCAGCUCAGUGCUGAUGCUGCCGUGGCCAGAAAGACCUGCAGUGUCUCCUCUAGUGGCUCCAUCAAGAGCGCCAAGGUCUUCAGCUUGGAUGUGCCUGACCACCCACCACUCAGCAAGUCUGACUCCAAAUACAUUGAGAAGGGCAGCCCACUCAACAGCCCUUUGGAUCGUCUUCCCUUGGUGUCCCCAGGCGCCAUCCACCACUUGGAGGUCAAGCCUUCUUACCAUUGCAGUGAGCACCGUCACUCCUUCCCGGCCCUGUAUUACGAGGAAAGUGCUGACACCUUGAGCCAGCGGGUGUCAUUCCUCAAGCCACUCUCCCGGUCCAAGCGAGACUCCACGUACUCCCAGCUCUCCCCCAGACACUACUUCUCGGGCUACUCCUCCAGCCCUGAGUACUCAUCAGAGAGCACCCAUAAGAUCUGGGAGCGAUUCCGGCCUUACAAGAAGCACCACAGGGAGGAGGUUUACAUGGCGGCUGGGCAUGCCCUGCGGAAGAAAGUUCAGUUUGCCAAGGACGAGGAUCUGCAUGACAUCCUGGAUUACUGGAAAGGAGUCUCUGCUCAGCAGAAGCUGUGACUCUCCCUCGCUCUUUCCAAGGAAACAAUACAAAACAAGACCCCCCCCCCCAACAACCAGAAAAAAAAUAUGCCACUUGACUGUGAAAAAUAAACCAACAACAAAAUACUCCCGACAAAUACAAAACUGACAAAAUCGUUUCUUAAAGUUUACAACAACAACAGAAAGCUCUCACACACACAGACACACACACACAGACACACACACACGCCGAAUUGUCUCUACUGUGUUACGGGGACCAUUGUUCUGCCUGCAGAUGGUUGGGAGGAGCGUCCUGCUCUGACACUGUGGUAACAACACUGGAGUGUGUG